UGUUUUCGCUUAAGCUGAUAGUGACCUUGCCCAAGCACGCCAUUCGACUCAGUUUACAUUUGCAGAUUUACAGAAUCCAAUCGAGUUUAAGAUGAGGCAGGAACUUGUACUCAUUCUAUUCCUAUUUUAUGGUGCCAGUAGUUCAACAAUCGAUCAUACCGUGCCCGAUUCUGACAAAGACUUGACCACCGAUGAAGCAUCUCAAGUGGCACAAUCGCUCGUCGAUGCUGGAUUAAAUGGUUUCAAAAUGCUACGAGUUCGGUACAGUAAAGUGGAUGUUGAUUCGUGUAACAUGAUUCUGACCAGCAUUUUUGAAGUUCAACUACGUUCAACUGGGGAAGUGUUUGAAAUCAGCAGUGACAGUAAUGUGACUGAUGCUGUUAAUUGUAAAAGUAAACGUAAACUUUUAGAAGCCAUAAAAAUAGGAGGUUUCACUAGAGUUCAACAUAUGACUAAGGUCAAAGAUGACCAAACUGAAUUGAAGGACAUUUCUAUUGAUCAGUUUCGAGCCGAUAAGAAAAUGCUAGAGCAGAAGGAUUUUCGUAUAGUGGCCUCAAAUUAUUCUUACCAGUUUGCUGGCGAUGAAGGAGUGGUAUCCGAUGCAGAGUUAAUCGAGUUACAUGUUCGUAUGGUGGAUACGGGAAAUGAAUACUUGGUCAAUAUUGUAGGAGAAAUUGAAAUGUUUGGACCCGUAAUUUCGAGAGCGAAUGUGAAUUAUCCUCCAAAAGUUUUACUUUCACUUCUUGGUGGAGGAAGCUACUCCAAGAUGAAACGAAAAAAGUAUAGUUCAUAACCAUGUUACCUCCUCAAAUACAGAACUUGAUUAAACU